AUGUCUAGCACUGCCAACCGCGUCAAGGAUGGCGCCCGAUCUGCGGCCGCCAAAGUCGAGGAAGUAGCCUCAGAAGCCGUCCAUAACCCAGUCCAGGCCAAGAAUGACUUCCUGCACACCCCCGUCGUGCGCGCAGCCCUGCCUUUCGUCAACGGAGGCCUUUCGGGCAUGUUCGCGACAGCCUGCAUUCAGCCCAUAGACAUGGUCAAGGUGCGACUGCAGCUGGCAGGAGAAGGAAUAAGAACCGGACCAAAGCCCACGGCAUUCGGUGUAGCCAAGGACAUCAUUGCACAGGGAAAAGCGCUGGACCUGUACACAGGUCUCUCGGCCGGUCUCCUAAGACAAGCGGUGUAUACCACGGCCAGACUGGGCUUCUUUGAUACCUUUCAGAACAUGAUGCAGGCAAGAGCAGAGAAAAAUGGCACAAAGAUUGGCUUCCUCGAACGUGGUGCGGCAGGGUUGACCGCCGGUGGUUUGGCGGCCAUGGUGGGUAACCCGGCGGAUUUGGCACUCAUUCGCAUGCAAUCCGAUGGCUUAAAGCCUAAGGAACAGCGAGCCAACUACCGUUCUGUCUUUGAUGCGCUGCUUCGAAUUGCCAAAACCGAAGGGAUUGGUGCCUGGUGGGCGGGAGCGUAUCCCACCGUAAUCCGUGCCAUGGCUCUCAACUUCGGUCAACUCACCUUCUUCGCCGAGUCCAAAGCUCAGCUCAAACAUCAUGCGCCAAACUGGUCAGAAGGCACCAGAACACUGAGCGCAUCGGCCAUCGCUGGUUUCUUUGCCUCGUUCUUCAGUCUCCCGUUUGAUUUCAUCAAGACGCGUCUGCAGAAACAGCAGAGAGGUCCCGAUGGAAAGUUGCCGUACAACGGACUGUUUGACUGCGCCAAGAAGGUUGUCCGCGAUGAGGGCUGGCUGAGAUUCUAUCGAGGAUUUCCAACCUAUUAUGUCAGAAUCGCACCCCAUGCGAUGAUCACUCUGAUCGUGGCCGAUUAUCUGAAGCUGAUUACCUCUUGA